UGUACCUCUGGAAAUCUAAUCCGUUCAUACAAUUACCCGGCCUUCCCCUCCCUGCCGUCUUCUCAAGGUACCGGGGGACUUUGCAAGUAAUUCACACUACUUGAGUUUCAUCUAUCCAGCCUUGUUUUCGCAGCAGUGUUCAUUUACAAAAGCUUCGAUCUAUCGCUUCAGAAAACUAGCUCAAUCUGGAUUCUCCACCUUCCCUCCUUUCGUGACCGCCGUCCUGGGUUGUCCGUAAUCCCGAUCGAUAGAAAGUACUCGAAACGGCACCCUCUUUCCCAUCCACUCCAAGAUGAGCGCGGCUACAAUGUGCCCAGAGCAAGAACCGGUCGCAGAGGUUCCCUCCGCUCAAGUCGAAAUUGACAACCGAUCCGACAACACAACGGACGAUGACCUUUCGCCCUCUGUCACUGCUCCUCCGUCUCUUACUUCGGUACCAUCCCUUCGGCCGGACCGUGAUAUGACAUCGGGGAUAAGUGCUUCGUCUACUCAUUUGGGCCAAAUCAAUGCGGCUCGGCGUGGUGCAGGGGCGCCGACACUGCCGCACGCCUCCAUGAGUGGCGCGCAGCCGGGCGGCUUGAAUCAGGACAUCUUGGCCAAGAUGAAGGCCUUCUCCCUCUCCAGACAGGGUACUCCCCCGCAUUUACCUCAUGCUGUCUCUACCGGAACAAUCCCUUCGUCCAGACCAAGCAUUUCCAGUUCGCCAAGUCCGGUAGGAGGGCCAUCGCCUCCGAUGGGAGGUGCACUUGCCGGACGUCUUCCCCCGACAGCCCGCCCUCAUGGUAAGAAUUGGGCGUCUUCACCCUCAGUGCCGGGAGCUACUGCAGGUUCUCAUUCCCCUUCGCCGAAAACCGGCAGCCUGGCCGCAAAAAGAAUGAAGCCAGGGUUGAAACUGUCAGAUGCCACCGGCCCUGCGACUGGUUCUGGAACUAGCUCGCCUGGCGAUGGAUCUUCGGACGCAUCUGGAGGGUCGGCAUUCAGCAAAUAUUCGGAGUACAUUGACACAAAGGCAGGGACUCUGAAUUUCAAGAACAAGGCGAUCCUGCACGGUGGCGGCGUCGAAUUCUCGUCCGGACAUAGUUUCAGCAUCUCGUUAGAUGAGGUUGAGCGACUGGAUGAGCUAGGUAAGGGCAACUACGGAACGGUCUACAAAGUUCGACAUAGCCGGCCCCAUAUGCGCAAACCCGGUAUGGGGCUUCGCGGCGUCAUUAGUCGUCCAACUGAGAGCUCGACCCCGGAUAGCACUUCUGCGGCUAAGCCCCAGGACAAUCUUUCCGGUUACAUUAUGGCGAUGAAGGAGAUUCGCCUGGAGCUGGAUGAAAACAAGUUUGCCCAGAUCAUAAUGGAGUUGGAUAUUUUGCACCGUUGCGUUUCGCCAUUCAUUAUCGACUUCUACGGCGCUUUCUUUCAGGAGGGUGCGGUCUAUAUGUGUGUGGAAUAUAUGGACGGAGGCUCUAUCGAUAAACUCUACAAGGAUGGCGUACCCGAAAACAUCCUUCGAAAGGUCGCAUUAUCCACCGUUAUGGGAUUGAAGACCCUGAAAGACGAUCAUAACAUCAUUCAUCGGGACGUGAAGCCUACUAAUAUUCUUGUCAACUCUCGAGGUCAAAUCAAGAUUUGCGAUUUCGGCGUGAGCGGCAAUUUGGUCGCCAGUAUUGCGAAGACAAAUAUUGGCUGCCAGAGUUAUAUGGCACCAGAACGUAUUGCAGGAGGCGGCGUGCAGCAGUCCGGCGCGACGGGUGGUGGAACUUACAGUGUGCAGAGCGACAUCUGGAGUUUGGGCCUGACCAUCAUCGAAUGCGCUAUCGGUCGCUAUCCAUAUCCUCCGGAAACUUUUAACAACAUUUUCAGCCAGUUGCAUGCUAUCGUGCAUGGGGAUCCGCCAACAUUACCGGAGGAAGGAUAUUCGGAAGAGGCGCAUGCAUUUGUCCGCGCCUGCUUGGAUAAAAAUCCCAGCAAGCGCCCUUCGUAUAGUACCUUACUGAGACAUCCCUGGCUUGCUCCCUUGAUGCAACCCCCGACGGAGUCAAAUGGGACCGAGGCAACAUCCGCCGCUUCGUCUGACGGCCAACCUGGCGGGCCCGAUACGAGUACUGCGACCGAGGAUGAGGAAGUGGCGGAAUGGGUCAAGGAGCGAAUUGAACGUCGCCAACGGGGACACCUACAAGAGGCAAAGAAACCUGCAUUGCAUGCAGUGGCCCUGGAUGCAGUGCCCGGUAGCCCUCUGCUUGAUGAUCCCUCCUCGCUACCGUCGCUUUCUUAGGACAAUCCUGUCUGGCCAGCUCAUCUCUUAUAAUCACCUGAACAUUUCAUUCUUCUCAAUAAUCUCCAUUCUCUAUCUUCUAUUUCCUGUUGGACCGAGCGAGUGCAUGAACGGAGGACUUGUUGGCGCUGGCGCCGUCUGGGCAGUUCUCCAUUUCCUUCAACCUGCAAUUUUCAUCAUUGAUGCUGUUGUUUCUCUUCAAACUCACAUCUACGUGCUGCAAAGCUUUACUUAUGUGUGAUGAAUUCCGAAAUGUAAAGUACCGGCAGCUUGGAUUCCUAUUGUCUCUCAUGUAAAUAGAUGCAUAACGUUCCGAUACCCUUAUUUCGGGUUAGAUCAUCUCCCAAAAUAGGACAACCUCAUA